GGGCGUCCCGGGAAGGUUCCGGGUGACGCCUUCUGGUCCGGGGGCGGGCGGUCAUAGCUGUACUUGGCUGAAAGGAGGAGAAAUUGGUAACCGGGAAGGGGCUGUAGCGAGGCCUGGAUGGCUGCGCAGUCAGGCAGGAGCGAGGGUUCGAGUUGUGGGGCGGCCAAGGGGAGAGUCUGAUAUGCUGCUGGGGUCGUGACCGCUUAGGGACCGAGGCAGGACCUAGCCAGAUCCAGCCUGGAGGCCUCGCCUUCGUCGGGCCUAAUUUCCAGCGGCCGGUAGGCCUCGCCAGAAGCAGCUCUCCGUGCGCUCCCCGGUGUUCCUGCCCUGAUUUUGAAGCUGGGAGAUGGCUUCCCCGAGCCCCACGCCGGAGCCAAAGGGGUUGCUGACAUUUGAGGAUGUGGCUGUGUUUUUUACCCAGGAGGAGUGGGAUUAUCUGGAUCCAACUCAGAGAAGCCUGUAUAAAGAUGUCAUGAUGGAGAAUUAUGGAAACCUGGUCUCACUGGAUGUUUUGAACAGAGAUAAAGAUGAGGAACCAACUGUGAAACAAGAAAUCGAGGAAAUUGAGGAAGAAGUGGAACCACAGGGUGUAAUAGUUACAAGAAUUAAAAGUGAAAUUGACCAGGAUCCCAUGGGUAGAGAAACCUUUGAACUUGUUGGUAGGUUAGAUAAACAGAGAGGAAUCUUCUUAUGGGAAAUACCAAGGGAAUCUUUGACUCAGGAACAGAGAACAUUUAGAGGAAACACUAACAUCCGUAAAAGACCAAACUCAGAAGAGAAAUGCCAUAAAUGUGAAGAGUGUGGAAAGGGUUUUGUCCGUAAGGCCCAUUUUAUUCAACAUCAAAGGGUUCAUACUGGUGAGAAGCCUUUUCAGUGCAAUGAAUGUGGGAAAAGUUUUAGCCGCAGUUCAUUUGUUAUUGAACAUCAGAGAAUUCACACUGGGGAAAGGCCCUAUGAAUGUAAUUACUGUGGGAAAACCUUUAGUGUGAGUUCAACCCUUAUUAGACAUCAGAGAAUCCACACUGGAGAGAGACCCUAUCAGUGUAAUCAGUGCAAACAGAGCUUCAGCCAGAGAAGGAGCCUUGUUAAGCAUCAAAGGAUUCACACAGGUGAGAAACCCCACAAAUGUAGUGACUGUGGGAAGGCCUUCAGCUGGAAGUCACACCUUAUUGAGCAUCAGAGAACUCACACUGGUGAGAAACCUUAUCAUUGUACCAAGUGUAAGAAAAGCUUUAGUCGAAAUUCAUUACUUGUUGAACAUCAGAGAAUUCACACUGGGGAAAGACCCCAUAAAUGUGGUGAAUGUGGGAAAGCCUUUAGAUUAAGUACAUACCUUAUACAACACCAGAAAAUCCACACUGGUGAGAAGCCUUUUCUUUGUAUCGAAUGUGGAAAGAGCUUUAGUCGGAGCUCAUUUCUUAUUGAACAUCAAAGAAUUCAUACAGGAGAGAGACCUUAUCAGUGCAAAGAGUGUGGGAAAAGCUUCAGUCAACUUUGUAACCUUACUCGUCAUCAAAGAAUUCACACAGGCGACAAACCCCAUAAAUGUGAGGAAUGUGGAAAAGCCUUUAGUAGAAGCUCAGGUCUUAUUCAGCAUCAGAGAAUUCACACCCGAGAGAAGACUUACUCAUACAAUGAAACUAAGGAAAGUUUUGAUCCAAGUUGCAGUCUUGUUAUACAGCAGGAAGUCUACCCUAAGGAAAAAUCUUACAAAUGUGAUGAAUGUGGGAAAACUUUUAGUGUCAGUGCACAUCUUGUACAACAUCAAAGAAUACACACUGGUGAAAAACCCUACUUAUGUACUGUAUGUGGAAAGAGCUUCAGUCGGAGCUCAUUUCUUAUUGAACACCAGAGAAUCCACACUGGUGAGAGACCCUAUCUGUGCAGACAGUGUGGCAAAAGCUUUAGUCAACUUUGCAAUCUUAUUCGACAUCAGGGUGUUCACACAGGUAAUAAGCCACAUAAAUGUGAUGAAUGUGGCAAGGCCUUUAGCCGGAACUCGGGCCUUAUUCAGCAUCAGAGAAUACACACAGGAGAGAAACCUUACAAGUGUGAGAAGUGCGACAAAAGUUUUAGUCAACAGCGAAGCCUUGUCAACCAUCAGAAGAUCCACACGGAGGUGAAAAAUCAAGAAACUCAUGAAUGUGAUGCCUGUGGCGAAGCCUUUAAUUGCCGCUUAUCUCUUAUUCAGCAUCAAAAAUUGCAUACUACAUGGAUGCAGUAAAUGUAAGAGAAAUAUUUAAGUUCAGUUUGACUUGAGACUAGCUACCCAAGUGCAGUUUCAAUAUGGCUCAACCUGAGUCUGACUUAGAUAUUUGCUGGUAAAGCAGAUUUCCCUUGGCUUCACCCAAAUGGUUUCUAAAGAUUCUGUGAAUAAUGGGCAAAUGCCUAUGGGCAUUUGAAGACUUACAUUAUUCUUUGUUUUGAUGACAAGGACUGAGUGAGUUAUGUAAGCAUCUUUUUUUAACAAAUCUUUGCAGAGAGGUUAAACCCAUGGUCAGAGCACUUAGUUAAAAGGAAGACAAAGUUGCAUUGGUACGAGAGAGCUGGAACCAGCUAAUACUAGAAAACUAGAAUUAUUCAAGGAACCUUUGCCAUCAUCAAUAUGGUAGUCCUUUCAGUUCUGUGAUAUGUUUGGCCAUGCAUGUCAACGUUCAGUAAGAAAAACAGCCCAAAUGGUUUUUUGGUGGUUUUUGUUUUGGUUUUUAUAUAUAACUGGUAUUGAAAGUUUUUGUCAUUGUUUCAGAAAGCCAGUUGUUUGGCAUGUGAGUUAAAGGCAGUUCUAAUGCCUUGUCCCCAGAUAUGUGAGAUGAAUGGACCAUUAAUUUUACAUGUAAAAAUUAUGUGAAUAAUUAAAAUACCUAGCAAAGGUGUUACCAAGGAACCUUUUGGGAGUGCCUUUUUUUUUUUUUUUCCAGGAUGGGCACCAAAAAAUGGGGAAAGACAUUUCUCUUUAUGCCCUUCAAUCUGUGAAAGAUAUUUGUAGUCCUAUACAAAUAACCAUAUUCCUGCACUACCAGUAGCAUGUGAAAGUGUACAUAUUUUGAUUACCAAGAAUUGGAAAUAAAAAGACCUGGAGUCUAUGUUAGGAAGCAGAAAUAUUUUGAUAUUGCUUUGGUUUUUAUGGUAACUAGACUUUGCAUGCAAUUAAGAAACCUAUUUCCCAGUUCUAGGGCUUCCCUUAGUUAAUGGUUAUAAACUUACUGAUUCAUCUGUUUUAAUCAUUAAACUAUUAUUUUUUUUUGUGUAAGAGUUCUUUGUUAUUUUCGUGUAAACUCUAUCCUGUCAUUCAUGUUACUGAAUUUAUAAGCUAGAACCACAUUUAAAGGAUAUAGCUCUCAUUCUACCUGUGACUAGUAACUUUUGGGGGAAUGUUCCAUUAAGGUUAAGUCCAAGUUCUUUAACUUCUGAAUAUAGAAUUUCAAGUGAUCAGACUCUUAAUUUGAACUUUCUGACAGUUUGAGGAAAUAACUUACCUUCUUCCUAUGCACUACACAUUCUAAAAUUCACCUCCAAACUUUCCAUUUUCCCAUCUCUGAAAAACACAUAUGCAAAUUACGUGUGGAUAUUACAGACACCAAUUUUGUGCACUCCUUUAAAUAAUAGUUAACUUUUCAAAACAGUUUGUAGCUUAAUGAAGUUUAGAACAACAAAUUGUAUGUGAUUCUUCAAUAAAACUAUCCUGCCCUGAAUCUCCCCCGUUUCUUCUAUGCCAGUGGUAUAGGGUCUCAGCUUGCAAUGAGAUUCUUAGACCUGUUCUUAGUAUUUUAAAGAACCUAGCUCAAAGUGUUUUUGCUGUAUGCACACUAGAACACAUUUCUUUGCUUUUUGCUGGAGUUAGGUCUUUUUCUUAUGGAUAGCUUAGCAGAAACUGACUUGAUGUAAUUUAGAGUGAUGGCCAUGAGAUAUUCCUGCUAAAAUUAUAAUUUUUUACAUCUUUUUAUGUUAAUCUGGAGGAAAACUCACACUAGUGCUUGACCAUAGAUGCAAUACCUUGCUUAUGAAAAACAAUCCAACAGGUGAAUUUUCAAAAGCAACUUCUCUGCAGUUGUCACUGCUGUUUACUAAGAAAAUGAUAAAAGUAUGCAAAGAGCUCUAGGGAGGGAUAUGAAGUUCAUCAAAGAGGAGAGAACAAGAAAGUUUAAUCUUCAAAGAGAGACAAUGCUUAAGAUGGUACCCAGGAAGGUCUGAAGUUGGAGAGUUGAGAAGAGCUGGUAGCUGCAGAGUGAACUGAUUGCUUGGUGACGGGAAUGCGGUAGGAAGGUUGGCUCCCCGUAAACAAGUGUAGGUCAAAAGAGCAGUUGUCCUGCUAAACAGAGGACUAUUUAAAUUCUGUGGUAAUGUUUUCCUUGUAUUUAAGAAGGGGUGUGUGAGAGAGACAGUGAAAUGGACAGUGUACAGUGUUGAAUGUUCACAAAACACUGAUGCACCCAGCUUAAGAAAUAUUACGGAUGCACACACUAAAUACAACACAUACCUUGUGCCUCCACUUCAACUUGAGGAAAUGUGGAGGUGGACAGGAGGGGAAAGAUUGUUCCUUUUUCUUAGAUCUGUGCCCCUAAGUAUUGUUUCAAAGACUUGUGGUUCCCUUGUAAAAUCUCAAGAAACUCUUAGAGUAGCACAGUGGAAAAGUGACAGCAUCUUCAGGUAAGACAAGGGGCGGUGAGAAAAGGAGAUGGGUUUGAAGAAAUAGCAUAAAAGUGGGCUGUGAGUUAGAUGUGGAAAGUGAGCAGGGUGAAGAUUCAAAAUUUGGGUUUGGGCAGUUGAUACUUUUAUUCACUGAGAUAGUU